UACACGAUCACAUAAAACGCUUUCUGAGAGCGGAGCGCGGUGGUGUUUCACAAACACGCUGAAAAGGGCGACUGAGUCUUGCCCUGGAACGAGUGCGACAAUUUUUCUGGAGUUCUUCUGUUCCCCGAAGCUUUUCUGUCUGAGGCAACUUGCGUCUGAAUUUUCGAAGAGACAGUAAAACCAUGGCGUCUACUUCGACUCCGGCCUCCUCGUCAAGUCGGUUUGCGCCGCCGUUGCGGCAGAUUUUGUCCAAAGAUGGGACGACAAAGCCUGGGGGUGCGCACUUUAACGGAUUUCGGGAUGUUUCCGUCGACGGGGAAUCUUCCUUGCUGGACCCGAAAAACGUAUCCGAAGGCGAAAUCUGCAAAGCAUCAUACGUCUAGCCCUAAUAUGCGCACAGGCAUGCUCGUCGCCGUGAAGUAGUGCAGAAGCGCGGCUUCGCUUCCGGCCUGGUUUGCAGGAGUAGACCCAGAAAAGUCGAAGUGUUGCAUGGAUGGGUGGUGGGCAAUGUGUACAGCAAGGAAUUCGAUGUACUUGGAGUUGUUGAGAGCGUUAUUUGCUGCACUAGACUGAUGCUCGCUGGGUUUCGUUUUCUCGGCAUACGAGACCUUGCGCAUUCUCUCGCCGACUGCAACGGGUGUCCUUCCUCGCGACAAUGUGAUACGGCUUACGAAAAUGGCUUUCGAGGAAAUCGGAGUCCGGCGCCAAGAAAAAAAGCAGUUGGAUUCACUGGUCGCGGACAGUCGGCGGGCCCUGGCAGAGACGAAACGAAAAAUCGAACUGCAGAAACAAAAAGUAAAAACUUUUGAUUUGCUACCCCGGGAGCCGCUUCUUGCUGUGAAUAUCACGUAAUAGUACCAGACAGGAACGUAAAUCGACACGCUCCGCACGACUAAGUAGUAGAAGCAGACUCCACGUAAGCAGAGGGAGUGGUGUCUGUGCUUUGAUGCGACGAGCAGGAUACGGAAGCUGCAUGUGCACCAAAUACAAAACAUCAAACCAGAUUCGAAUGCUUUCCAGUGAGACAAUACGGUACGAAAACGAAACGAAGCGAGUGGAGGAUGAGAUGGGGCUACUUCACCGCGAAAGUACGGGACUUGAGCGGCUUAAUCGCAAAACGGCCAGCGAAGCAAAGCAACUAGUGUACUAUACAUACAGCAGCCUGCCGAUACGGAAUGAUUUUUUCGCUUUGAUGCUUGGCAUAUACUCUGGAGCCUGAGAUGAAAACACCCGUUGCGGAUUAGUUCGUCUUCGUACUCGUAGCUGUAGGAAAUUUUGGGAAAUAAACCUCGUAUGCUCAACAUCUGUAACACAUCAGCGCCGACAACAAUAGUAUCCUGAUUGCGCUGUAUGAAGCCACGAAGACCAAAAGGGAAGCGGAAGACAACGUGCAGGAGUACUUGCUUUACAACUCUGCCCCUAGUUUUUCUUUCGCACACUGUUAGUUUUCCAUUUGCAGUUGUUCGGCGUACGUUCUAGUGCUAUGCUCCUCUCGUGUCAAUGUUGCGCUCGUCAAAAACAAAAUCGUAGGGCCAGGAAGGCAUAUUUCGCAGAAGCAGAUGCGCGGCGGAUGAUGACGCAAAGUUUCCGUUUAUACGCGGUACGGAACGCGAGCUACGCCGAGCGCUUGGCACGGGCGCACCGUCAGCGGUAUCAGCUCAACGCCGCGAUUCUGGGAGCUGCAGGAGUACAGACCUGACCAGCAGUUAAGCAAAUUUGCCGGCGCAGCUGCACGGGUGGAGAUGCACUGGAUGUACGAUUUAAUACAAGAAAAGAGAAAUGCACAAAGAAUCUAAAUCAGAAGAACUAAGCGACAGAACGUGGCUAGCAAGUUCGCAAUGACGGAAUAGGAAACAGGCACUUGUCCUUGUACAGAAGGAAACUGAUUGUCCAUCCGUGUAAGAUCCCUCCGCUUGGCAAUUUUGAAAAUAAGUACAU